UGUCUGACUACGAGGAAGUAAAUCGAGAUUACAUUUUGUAAACCUCCCUGUCCGGAGCGAUAUCUUCGAAUAAGUUGUCUCUACUACCUCUACCACAGUGACAAAGUGUUGAGGCAGAGGACCAUGUUAUUCAAACCACUCUGAAGAUAGUGUUUUAAUCGCACUUUUUAAAAAUGGACACACUGAAAUCCUCCCGUGUUUAUUUCAAACGCUAAUAAAUGUGAUCAUUUUAUAGACAAGGGAAAUAUCUAUCUUAUUGCCUAUAUUCCCAUUCACCUCAAUGGAAGUUCCAGUCACACCAAUUCUACCCUCGAACUCUACCCUGCCUACACCUUUCCCUCUGCACCCGGCCGUGGCCCCAUCAGUCCAGCUUGGAUUUACCAUCCUCUACACUACUCUCUACGGAAGUCUCUUCUUGGUAGUCUACGUUCAGCUCUGGCUCCUCUUUCUCUACCGACACAAGCGCUGGAGCUACCAGAGUGUGUUUCUGUUCCUCUGUCUUCUCUGGGCGGCUCUUCGUACCACUCUGUUCUCUUUCUAUUUCCAUAAUGCCCUGGAAGCCAAUCACCUGGCCACAGUGUUUUAUUGGCUCCUUUACUGCUUCCCUGUUUGUCUGCAGUUCUUCACCCUCAGUCUCAUCAACCUCUACUUCACUCAGGUAUUACUCAAAGUGAGAGAGAAGUACAACCCUGACACUGAGCCCGGCAAUGGACUAUGUUGGGCGCGGUGCUUCUACGCCACCCUGAGUGGUGUGUUCCUGUGUGUCAACGUGGUGUGUGCUGCUCUUGGCUGGAACGGGGGCAGUGGAGGAGCAGGAACUAAAACAUGGAGUCUGGUUCUGAUACGAGUGCUGGUCAACGACCUGCUUUUCAUCUUUGAGGCUGUCUGUCUAGCUGCAUUACUGCUUCUGUUAACCCGACGCUCCCCAUCCACCAGCCCUUACCUGCACAGUAAGGGAACAACAGUGUGCCAGACUGCAGUACUAGGAGCAGGUGUAAUAUUGCUCUUUGCUAGUCGAGCAUGUUACAACCUGGCAGUUCUCAUACUGUCCCAGAAUCACAGAGUGGAGUCCUUUGACUUUGACUGGUACAAUAUCUCUGACCAGGCUGACCUGCGUAGUGAACUGGGAGACCGGGGUUACUUGGCGUUCGGUGUAAUUCUCUUCAUAUGGGAGCUGCUUCCCACCAGCCUCCUCAUUCUCAUCUUCAGAGUCCGCCAACCACCUCAAGAAGAUGGCUGUAGUAUGCCCAACAGCAACAGAGUACCGCGGCCGUACUUCUUUGAUGACCCAGCAGGGGAAGACGCUGACACGGGUGUUCCUUGGGUCAACAGCUCACAUCCACACCAAAGCUGGUAUGGAUCCAUCAAGGAGACGACACCUCUCGUCUUCGCCAGUAACCCUCUGGACCAGAACCAACACCACUCCUUUUACUCUACACCACAGAACUAACUUAUCCUCUGUCCCAAAUGGCACCCUAAUUCCCCUUUUUAUAGUGCACUACUUUUAACCAGGGACCAUAGGACUCUAGUGAAAUGUAGUGCACUAUGUAGGUUAGAGGAUGCCAUUUGGGACGCACAUCGAUCCUGUCUGUCUGCAGUGAAAUGCUGAAGCGCUCUAUCUCAGGUUGCUAAAAGACGCUGCGCGGUCGAUCCGACAUCUACUUUGGUCAUGCAGCAUUUACAGUGAGUCGGCGCGUCCGUACUUCGCCGAGCUGUUGUCAAGGAAGUGACUGUGUUUUUAUACAGAACCUCCCGCCCUCGCCUACCGUCAACCAAUCAUGUCAAUGCGGAGCUAUGUGGAAACCUCCACAUUGUUACAACAUUUGGUGAGGCGCACGGCGAUUGUGGUACGGCGCUCAGUUUGGCCUCUGGAGGCUCUGCAGUUGUCACACCCUCCCAUACGGAGCCUCAAACCACAUUUUCAAAUCCAGUAUAAAUUGGCUUUGAUCGCUUCCAGCUGCAGACAGCAAUACCUCCAUUCUAAUUGACUGGUGUUUUUGCACACACAAAAAAAACAACCUCGUCACUAAAUAGAGUAACUAUGCACCUUUUUUUUAUUUUUUAUUGAUCAACUGAUGACCGACAUCUCCAACGAAGCCUCUUUUUAUUUUUUAAUUUUUUAAUUCCUAUGAUUGGUCGCAAUGUGUUUUGUUCUCUGACCUGUGCAGUCAUUAGAUUUGAUUGCAAGUCUCUGUGCUAUUUCAUGUCAACUCCUUGUCCGUCAAAUGCCAUUGUCAACGGAGGUGGUAAGAGGACAAACACUGACACUCAGGCUAUAUUCAUUCCAUUAUUAGAAAGUUUAUUUUCAACUUUUCUGACAGGACUAAAUGUCAUUAUUUUGUAAAGGUAUUGUUUCCGACUUGCCGUCUAGCUUAAAGGCAUGACCACUUUCAUAAGUAAUGCAGACAACAGAUUAGUUUUGUCAUUUUAUGUGAUUGUACAUUGAAGUAAACUAACUUAUUUAAUCAGAUAUUACCUGUCGUUUUAGCAGUUAUGGACCAAAUACCUCUUCCUUCUCUCACCAGCAUCCAUUUUAUAAGGGACUUUUCUAGGUGCUUCAUAGCUAAACAGAAUGUACUCAAGAUUGUGUAACAAAAAAGCACAACAUGUAAAGAGUUCUCGUGUUUUCAUGAACUGAAAUAAAAGAUCCCAGAAAUGUUCCAUACGAAUGAAAAUCUUUUUCUCUAA